CCCAGAUCACGCUGAGCACACACACACACACACACACACACACACACACACACACACUCAGCUCUCUGCGGCUCCAGUGCGUCUUGUUGAUCUGCACUGAUCCAACACGACCCGGUCCAAAAGCAGCAGCAGCAUCACAGUGUGUCAGCCAUGAGUUUGCUGCAAGAAGCUCCAUCUCGGCCCGCCUAGACUGUGUUAAACCCCCGAGGUGACAAACGCCAUUAGCAGGGAACACGACUAUUACCAGUACAGUUUAACUACACUUUAUGAAGCUUAGCCAAUGAAGAUGGAGUCAGCAGUGGAGGUUCAGCAGGGGGUGGAGACUGCUGUGACGGAGACAGAGAGUCAGCAGAUCACCUCUGCACAGAUCGCUACUUUGGCACAGGUAUCCAUGACGACGGGCCACGCCUCAGCAACAGGUCCCACAGUAACGCUGGUACAGCUUCCCAACGGACAGACGGUUCAGGUCCACGGUGUCAUCCAGGCUGCACAGCCAUCUGUUAUCCAGUCCCCACAGGUCCAGGCUGUACAGAUCUCCACCAUAGCAGAAAGCGAGGACUCACAGGAGUCAGUAGACAGCGUGACUGACUCUCAGAAGCGCAGAGAGAUUCUGUCACGACGCCCCUCGUACAGGAAAAUCCUGAACGACCUUUCGUCCGACGCACCAGCCGUCCCUCGUAUCGAGGAGGAAAAGGCUGAGGAGGAUUCAUCCGCUGCCGCCGCCACCCCCGCAAUCACCACCGUUACUGUCCCGACACCCAUCUACCAGACCAGCAGCGGCCAGUACAUUGCCAUCACGCAAGGUGGGGCCAUUCAGCUGGCUAAUAACGGUACAGAUGGAGUCCAGGGCCUUCAGACUCUGACCAUGACCAACGCAGCAGCAGCCCAGCCUGGAGCCACCAUCCUCCAGUACGCACAGACCAGCGACGGCCAGCAGAUACUGGUUCCCAGUAACCAGGUGGUGGUCCAAGCUGCCUCAGGUGACGUCCAGGCCUAUCAGAUCCGAGCAGCCCCGGCCAGCACCAUCGCCCCGGGAGUGGUCAUGGCCUCCUCCCCUGCCCUCCCUGUCCAGGGCGCCACAGAGGAGGUCACCCGCAAACGGGAAGUCCGCCUCAUGAAGAACAGAGAGGCAGCACGCGAAUGUCGCAGGAAGAAGAAGGAGUAUGUUAAAUGUCUGGAGAACCGAGUGGCUGUCCUGGAGAACCAAAACAAGACGCUUAUUGAAGAACUGAAAGCCCUUAAAGACCUUUACUGCCAUAAAUCUGAGUAGUCGCCGUCCUGAACACCAAGCUGGGGAAAGUAGCAUUUCAGUUCUUUUCAAAUAUUCUGACUGUUCGAUUCUGCCUGCCUGGCCCUCCACUUUGCACACUGCCGGCUCUUUUUGAUGAAGUCGCCCUAACCCAGUUUUGUGUAGACUACCUGCUCUCCAGUAGGCUGUCAGUACAAUUCAUUUAAAGUACACUAAAUUGUUCCGGUAUCAUUAAGGUCUGUCCACGUUAAUCAUCCAUGUCUGAUGAUGGACACUGGCACACUACUAGCUGAAACUUUAUAGUCAAAUCAGCUGCUGAAAGGGGUCAACAUGUUGCUCCACACAACUCCUAGGAGAGCCUUGUUUCUGUUGUAGAUUUGGCUAAUACCCAAAUAUCUAGAGAUGCUUCACUGGUAAAUGUUAUCCAAUGAGGCUGAGUGAAUAAUAUACCUAAGUCUGCUUUAAACAAAACAAGUGUUUUUUGGGCAUUUUCAUGGCUUUAUUUACACUACAGAUGGGGAUGGGGGGAGGGGGUGGGACAUGCAGAGGGGGGCCACAGGAAGAACUUGAACCCUGGGCUGCUGCAUCAGUGGUCAAGUGUUUGCUUAUUCAGCAAUAAUGCCCAGCAAGUUGUCCUUUAAACAUUAGCACUGUUGCUCUUGUUACCUGCAGUAUAAAUGACUCUGCCCUCCGAUUUAAAACAGGUGCUUAAUUGUGGGCAAGAACUGUUUAUUGCUUCCUGACAGGUGAUUUUACAGACACCUGACACAUACUUAUAAACAAAAACGUUCAUUGGCCAUAGUGUAACUUAACAUUCACAGUGAUGAGUACAUUGUGAAAAGACCCAGCAUGUAAAGAACACUGAUUAUGAAGACUUUGAAUGCGCUGACAUUGUGACAUUAAAAAACGCUACCAACUGCCGUUGUUGAAGGAAGUGGCACUGUGCAUCUCCACAGUCAUGUGGACGUUCUGCUAUUCCAUCACAGACAGCUGUCAGGCAAAUCCUCAAAUCCUCAUCUCACCUUCCUCUAUACUGGCCAGUGAAAAUGCAAAAAGCCUCUCUUUAUGUUGUGUUCACACUUGUGUGUGAGUUUGACCGCGGGAUUGUUUGUGUUCAUACUUGUUACUCACAUAUGUUUAAUUGCCCUAAACAGCAGGUAUACUGUACUGUACACACACUGGAGCAUCACAGUGCAAUAUGGCAGUUCCUUGGAGGAGGACCAGCUCCAGUGGAUAUAAUUAUUAUUAUAAUGUUAUAAUUUUGAUAUAUUAUAUUCCAUGUAUGCCAAAAGAUCCUCUUGAAUCAUACAAACUGGACCUUUAGUUCCAUUAAUGCUGCAACUCAAAGCCCCAUUUUUACUAAACAUUCUGGAAGUGAAAACAUUCAAGUAUAUGUAAAAGUUAUUACGUAAACUGAUUGUUGCAAAGGAACUCUGCACUUACUGUGGAUCUGCACAACAGUAGUUGUAGUUGUUUUUUAUGAGGCAAAGCACAAUUUUAAUGGAUGUUCAGGUGUGUUCAAGGUUUAAAUAAUUGGCAGUGUGUUUAUAACACAGCCCUCCUAUGGUUCGCUGUCUCUCCAUGUUAUCAGCAGUGUGUAAAAUGAGUGAUAAUUCCACUCACUUGAUGUCAAAGAGGAUAGAAAAAAUGAACCAGGUUGCACAGAAAUGCACAUUUAUUGAGAGUAAUUUUAACUCCACAGACUAGAUAUUUCCAAAUCCAGUUCACAUUAGGGUCAGCAUCAUCUGUUUGUGCCACAGCAAACUGUCAACCAGUCACUGUCAGUGUCCACGAUACUUCAUUUUUCAGUGUGUUAAAAUGUUGUGUCUGUUUGUGUCUGAUGCGAUGUUAAAUGGUGGCAAAAUAUGGAGUGGACUUGGGAUCGCAAGGGUUUUUGUGAGAAGAAGAUUUAGGCUACAAUCACGUGUUUAAAACUAAUAAUCUAUGUGUAUUCUGUCAAAAAGAGAUCUUUUUUAAAAUCUUUUUUGUGUGAGAUUUUUGAAAAGAUCCAUGUACGUCUUUGCCUGUUUAUUUUUUUUAUAUUACUGUACAUAGAUGCUACAGCAUGUGUAGACCUUGUGUAUUUCUGUUUAUUUGAUAUGAAAAAGGUUUUCUCAUGACUUGUAUGAAAACAACUUUGCAUAUUUGUAACAUACUUUAAUGUAUAAUAGAAGAAUAUGUGUAUUCAUGUAAAUCCACCAGGCCUACCACCGUCAUGGCAGCUAAGUGUAUGAGAAGAGGCCUUUGCUGGACAAUGUUAUAUUUGGGAGCGCUGUACUCACACAGUGAGUGUUUGUGGAGAAGAGUGAGUCUGUUGAGAACAGUUGGCGUCCACAACAUUUAUCACAUCUUAUAUAUAUUUUUUUAUUAUUAUUUGGAAACUGCAUAGCAGAACCCCUCAGUGGCUUCAGACUCAGCUACACGUUAUGUUGUUAAAUGUAAACAGUUUUUAUAUUUUCCAAUUCAUCAAACUAAAGCACAAUUAUUCCUUUCACGUGGACCUUUUUUAUGUUUGUUUUAUUGUACUCUGACUGUAUUUGUUUUACGAAAAGGCUUAAAUAGAGUUUUUGUAUUUUUAAUUUUGACAUUAGAUCAAACCUUAAGAUUUUUUCCUCAUCUAAAGUAUGAAAUGGAUUAGGGCUACGAUUAGGAACCUGAAUUCUCUCUGAACAUAAAUAUUUGACCUUUUUGGGGUAAAAAAAAAAAAAGAAGAAGAAGAAGAAACUCUACAUUCCUAAUAAUUUCUCCUAAUCACUGUUCAUGUGAAAUUAGCAAACUCAUAUAGCAGGAGAUAUAUCCUGAUAACGAUUGUUUUUGAAAGCAUCAAAGUUUGUUCAAAAUCAAUUUAACUCAAGCUCCACUUAAAAGCUUUCCCCAACACUUUCAAAUGCAUCUCUCCUUCAGCAAAAGGAGUUCACGUAGUUGUCAUUAAGUGACAUUGUACUAUAUCUUACUCAUACAGGGGCAAGAGAUAUUAACGCUGUUCCUGUUCAGAGAUGGGUUGAGAGCUCCAAAUGCUUGUAAGAGGACCUUGAGUUAACAUUAUUUUGAUCACAUAUCUCUUUCUGCGUUUCAAAGAAUAAGUUUUAAAACUCUGAUAACGAGGUGAGACAAGAUUUCAGGGUGCUAAAUGUCGCUCUAACAAUAAGGUUGUGUUCCGUAAAAUGUGUUUUGUUUGUUCUGUUUGUGUCUUCAAGAAGAACAUCAGUUCAUGGUUGCUCUGCAAGUUAAAUGUUUUCACUUCGAAACAUUUUGAUAUUGUACUGUAUAUAGUAUGUAUUUUUAAUUUAUCUUGAAUUAAAGGUUUGGAUCAGCUAAAGAAAUCACACAGCACCUCACACUCGGGAGUAGUUCAGAAGACUUUGAAUGCAUCAUUGCAUUUUGACCCACAACAUGUUAGCAUGUACUGUAUCUGUACAUGCUGCCACUGUUAUGCUCUCCUCCUACUUGUCACAGCAUUAUAUUUUAAAAAUGUAUGCGCAGAGAACAAAAUGCAGAUGUAAUCUUUUUGUAAUGAAUUUGAGGGAAUAAACUGAAAAGGAGAGGAAACAGUUUAUGUGAUAGAAUCCCUAUUUAGUAACAGCUGAGUCAUUGUCGGUGCCAGGGAGAGAACAAUGUGUGGGUAGCAUUCAAAACCUUCAGAAACUUAAGAUGAAAACUUUUGUGAUCAUAUUCUGGAAAAAAAAAAAA